CACACACACACACACAACAAAUACACACACACACACACACACACACACACACUAACCACAUCACACAUUCUUUUUUUCUUUACAUAUCAGCCUCUUGGAACACACUACCCAUGAUUCCCACCACCAUCAUCACUGUUGUUUUGUUUAUUUUUACUUCUUGUGCAAACAGAGUCAUCCUCUCGUUGGCUCAUCUCUCCGUUUUCUCCACCUCUCCGCUCCCUGCUGGAUCCCUUCUGGGGGGGUAAUAACACGACACCAUUGAAUCAUUCUGCAGCCGUAGCUUUCUGCUUCAUUUCUCGGCUGUUCUGAAUGACGGGCGGAAGGUUCGACUUCGACGAUGGAGGAACAUACUGCGGAGGGUGGGAGGACGGUAAAGCCCACGGACAUGGCAUCUGUACCGGGCCAAAGGGCCAGGGCGAAUACGCCGGCUCCUGGUCGCACGGCUUUGAGAUAGUGGGGGUGUACACCUGGCCCAGCGGGAAUACGUACCACGGCUACUGGUCCCAGGGGAAACGGCAUGGGCUUGGGGUCGAAACCAAAGGGAAGUGGACUUACCGCGGUGAGUGGAGCCACGGAUUCAAGGGUCGCUAUGGACUCCGACAGAGUCACAAUACACCUGCCCGGUACGAUGGGACGUGGAGUAAUGGCUUACAGGACGGGUAUGGGAUUGAGACCUAUGGCGACGGUGGUACAUACCAGGGCCAGUGGAUGGGCGGGAUGCGGCACGGUUAUGGCGUGCGCCAGAGUGUUCCCUACGGCAUGGCAACAGUGAUCCGCUCUCCACUCCGCACCUCUCUAGCGUCCCUACGCUCCGAGCAGAGCAAUGGCACCGUGCUCCAGGACCUCUCGGGUGACACGCCCACCGGCGGCCGGGGCGGGUUCAUCCUCAACUUCCACUCGGACGGCGAAGUGGUCACCGGGAAGAAGAAGGGUCUGUUCCGCCGCGGCUCGCUGUUCGGGAGCCUCCGUCGGCUACACAAGUCCGAAUCGAAGUCAUCCAUCUCCAGCAAGAGGAGUUCGGCACGCAGCGACGCCGCUAUGAGCCACAUCAGCUCCUCCGACGCGGACGCCAACUCCACCGUCUCCCUGGGCGACGGAGAGCUGCCGGAAGACGACUUGGUAUUGGAGGAUCACGUUGACGCCACCACCAUCGAGACGUACAUGGGAGAGUGGAAGAACGACAAGCGCAACGGGUUCGGCGUCAGCGAACGUUCCAACGGGAUGAAGUACGAGGGGGAGUGGCUGAACAACAAGCGCCACGGCUACGGGUGCACCACCUUUCCCGAGGGGAACAAGGAAGAAGGGAAGUACAAGAAUAACUUGCUGGUUCGUGGAAUAAGGAAGCAGCUGAUCCCGCUAAAGAACCCCAAAACCAAAGAGAAGGUGGACCGGGCCGUGGAGGGGGCGCGGAGGGCAGGGGCCACCUCCAGGACGAAAGUGGAAAUAGCAGCUUCCAGGACGGCUCAUGCCAGAACGAAGGGAGAGGCAGCAGACCAGGCAGCUCUCUCUGCCGGACAGGAUUGUGACAUCGCUAGGGCUGUCGCUAGGGAGCUGUCCCCAAACUUCCACCAACCAGGUCCUGACUAUGUCAAGCAAGCGUUCAUGGAUCCAGUGAAGAUCCCCAAGGAUCCUCCCGAAGAGAAAGAGGAAGACAGCCCCACCAGCCCUGCCCAGACCCCCGGGCCCACCCCUCCCAGCACCGCCCAGACCCCCGGGCCCACCCCUCCCCCCUCGCCCCACAGCAAGAAGAGACCGCACAGCAACAGCGUCUCCACCUCCGCCUCCCGCAAGAUCAGCAAGGACGAAUCAUCACACAGUCGCAAGGUCAGCAAAGAGGAGAAGCCGGUCCGUAAGAGCAGCAAAGAAGAGCGUCUGAGCAGGAAGUUGAGUAAAGAGGAGAGGGUGUCCAUUGCUGCCGAGACACCCACAGCUGCUGCUCCCUCUUCCCAUGUAAUACACCAGGCUUCAGCCAGACCCCCCAAGGCCCCGGAGCCCGGCCCCACCAACGCACCUCCUCCCCAGGCUGCUGCUCCGCAGGCAGUGGGGGGACCUGUUAAUGAAAUGGGACAACUCCACUCCCAGUACCAUAGCUACUACGUCAAAGCCCCCUCCAGGGGACCCCUGCCCCCGGAACCUGAGCCUGAGGAGGACGAGGAGCCCAGUCAGCUGACCUUGGCACGGAUGGCCCCGCCACCCCCCAAGUCGUUCCGGAAUUUCACCCUCAAGCCGACGCCCACAGGUGAGCAGAGCAAACUCAGGAAGCAGGAUUCGCUGAAACCAAAGAGCCUGGCAGAGACCAAGAAGGCCAGUAUGGAGAUGGCUGACGGGCAGGGUGAAGAGAAUGCUCCUAACUCUAUCCUGGUUGCUAUGGUGAUGCUGUUGAAUAUCGGCCUAGCCAUCAUAUUUGUCCACUUCCUGACAUGAUGGUCCUGUGUCUCAGUGAUGCCGUGGCAACUGGUGCAGCGUCUCCAGCCUUUUAAAUAUCAAAAUGGUGUCAGUCAGAAUCGGAAGCGGCCACAGGAGCAUGGAAAUCAGCUUUGUGACACAGGAGAGAAACAUGAGAGGCAGGAGAGAAGGACCCGCAGGCUGUCCAGGGCCGUCCACAGACCUGCCUGAUCAUAAUACUCUCCUCUGGGUUCUGUUAAAGAACAAAAUGAUAUGUCUGAGGGAGAUAGGAAAAACAAUACAACAGGAAAAAGUCAACACACACACACACACACACACAAGAAAAUAUGAAGUAAUUGAAAUACACAUGUCUGCUGUCCCAAGCAGUGAGCUCUCUGCUCAUGCAAGGCCACUCCUUCUAUUAAAAUCAAAUCACAUUUUAUUGGUCACUUACACAUAUUAGCAGAUGUUAUUGCUGGUGUAGCGAAAUGCUUGUCCUGUCCUUCUGUCCUGUCCUGGCAGGAACACAGAGGGACUGACUGACUGACUAACUUUAACUGGGCCAAUGUGGGGAUGCACUUAUAGAUGACAGGAGCUAACAGCUGCCUUACUAUUUUACCCUCUGACGUCUUCAUGGGGAGAUGUAAGCACGACAAGGCCAGAGGACUGAGAGCUGCGCGUUCCAACGUUCCCACAUUCUGAGUUCUGAGGUCCCAGUGUUCUGAGGUUCCAGUGUUCUGAGGUCUCAGUGUUCUGAGGUCCCAGUGUUCUGAGGUCCCAGUGUUCUGAGGUUCCAGUGUUCUGAGGUUCCAGUGUUCUGAGGUUCCAGUGUUCCAGUGUUCUGAGGUUCCAGUGUUCUGAGGUUCCAGUGUUCCAGUGUUCUGAGGUCCCAGUGUUCUGAGGUCCCAGUGUUCUGAGGUCCCAGUGUUCUGAGGUUCCAGUGUUCUGAGGUUCCAGUGUUCUGAGGUUCCAGUGUUCCAGUGUUCUGAGGUCCCAGUGUUCUGAGGUCCCAGUGUUCUGAGGUCCCAGUGUUCUGAGGUCCCAGUGUUCUGAGGUUCCAGUGUUCUGAGGUUCCAACCACCCCUUGCUGCAGGAAAGCGGAUGCACCGAACGUUAGCUGUCAGUGCUAGCGCGGUCACACGGCAGUCUUACUCUGUUAACAAAUAACCAUUCAUCACAGCUUCCUUUAGCUCCUCCCACCUUCACCCUUCACUUUCCCUGUGCAUUUUUGUUGUUGUAGCUUUAGUUUUUUGUUUGUUUAUGUUGGUUACCUGCAGUUACCUGCAGACUUGUAGUUGAAAGGAAGGAAAAUUAAUAUGGAGAUCCCUUUUUAUUUUGGACUAAUCAUAACGAUUUUAUUUCAUCAUAAUGAAAGAAUUCUGUCCAAAUUUUAUUAAACGUGCAAUAUGAUUUAUUUUUUUAAUGAAAUAAUAUAUAUUUUGCCAACAAAGGGUCUAGUCUAUUGAGCAUUUUAACUGUUUUAAAAUAUGUUUAUUUUAUUGUAUCAUACAACAGGAAAGACAAGCUUAAUUUGACUAGAUGGGGGGCAGAUUGACAGUAGGAUUUGAGGAACGAAGCCACACUGUGUAGCAAGCCGGAGCUUGUGACUGGAAGAUGAAACGUCUUAUAAAUUAUGUCAUUUAUUAAAUCAAAGGCUUCAAUUAUUAUUAUUAUUAUUAUUAUUAUUAUUAUUAUUACACAAUUGUGCAUGGGAUUUUGUUGACGUGUUACUUUAAUUAUCUUAUUUGCUUCCGAUGUUAAAACCACUAAGCUGUGAAGAGGAGGUUUAGUUUCAAAUAAAAAACACCUAUUGUUAUUGUGAGGGCCUAAUCUCUGCUUGCAUGUCAGUGAGACUGGAAAGUAAGCGUCCUUGAAUUGAUUCUCAAAAAAAAGAAAAUAAGAAUUGAUUCUAGAAUUUGAUUGUAUUGAAUCUCAGAAGAAACUUGGUAUUGAAUGUAUUCGGGUUGAAUUCAGGGGGGGAAGUGAUAAUAUGUGAUACCUGUGGUUAUGUGGUUUAGGAGUGAUUGCCUUUAAAAAAAGUAUUGAACACUUCAACCUUUUUCUUCACCUCAGAAGAACAAGAUA